AUGGAGAGAGAAAAGAGGAAUGAUAUGUCCUACUCUAGAAAGAGAAGUUUCACUUUUGGGGCAUAUGGCAGUGUGGAUAGAUUCACAUGUGGGGAUGAGACGGGACCUGAAUUUGUGCAGGACAAAAGUCUGGACACCCUGGAUUCUCCUGCCAUUGAGCGCAAGCCUUUCCGUUCUUCCAGCAGCAACCAGAGGGAAUCAGAGCUGUUUGAAAUCAUUGAGAAGCUGCAGGGCAGCAGGAUCGAUGAGCAACGAUGUGAAUUCCCCCUUCCUCUCAAGUCUCCACUUUCUACAACUGGGAGAGAGCUGCCGCUUAUCCUUCCUUCGAAACUGGGAGGCUACUGGAUAGACCCCCCUCUGGACAGACUGGUAGAUGUGAGUCCCACCUCUUCCCAUUAUGCCGUUGACCCAGAGAGCUAUGACAUCAUGGAGAGAGACGGUGAGGCCAAAAUCUAUCACGAGUUCUUCCGCUCACGAUACCAUCACUCUUUCACAGCAGUGGAUCCAACUUUGGGCCCGCUGAUUCUCUCUGUGUGUUUGGAGGAAGAGGAGAAUAGGCUCAGGGUGAUUCUAAGGAUGAAGGAGUGUUCUCUGCAUGGAGUCUUCUCUGUGUCUCUUUUCCCCACCAUGCCAUCUGCAGUUGAAUUAGCAAAGAUGCUUUGUGACCGAGUGACUGCCUCAAAGUUUGACGUGGUCUGCUACCUGAAGGCUCCAGAACUUAUAACCACAUUUGAUGAACACAGAGUUUCUCCUAAUUUCAAGUUUGGUGUUUUGUGCCAAAAGGACAGGCAGCUCACUGAGGAAGACAUACUGGGUAACAAUGAGGAAAGUGAGGAGUUUAAAGAGUUCCUGUCUAUUCUGGGAGAGACGGUUCAGCUGCAAGGAUUCACGGGCUUUAGAGGAGGACUGGAUGUGUGUCAUGGUCAGACAGGAAGUGAAGCAGUCUACACUUCCUUUCGUGGGAGAGAAAUCAUGUUUCAUGUCGCAACUAAACUGCCUUACACAGAGGGUGACCCACAGCAGCUACAAAGAAAAAGGCACAUCGGUAAUGACAUCGUAGCUUUGGUCUGCCAGGAGGGCCAAACCCCCUUUCUGUCUGAUGUUAUCAAGUCUCACUUCCUUCACUGUUUUAUUGUCAUCCGGAGGAUUCAGAGGCAAGAGGGAACAGGUGGAGCAGCAUAUCAGGUGUCUGUCACGGCAAGAGAAGAUGUUCCUCCCUUUGGUCCAGUGCUUCCAGAUCCCCCUGUCUUUACAGAUCAUUCAAAGUUCAGAGAGUUUCUGCUGGCUAAACUCAUUAACGCUGAGAUAUCCUGCUAUAAGGCUGAGCAGUUCAGCAGACUGGAGCUCCGCACUCGUUCAUCACUCCUGGAGAACUUGCAGGCUGAACUCUUCACCCGUUCCCAGUGCAUGAUGGGGGAUCAAUCAUUGAUUGCUGUCCCCACUUCAGAGGGCCUGCGGGGGCCAUCUGAAGGAAGUGGGGGAUUUAUUGAAAACUUUAAGAGAGCCAUCAGAGUGCGGAGCCAUUCUUUUGAGAAUCUGGGGGUCCCCAGGAAGAAUGCUAGCAGCACAUCACAGAAGGCUAAGACAGAGAAAGAUGGAGAUAGUGACAAAUCUUCAGGACCUCUGCCUGCUCCCACUGACAGUUUGGGGGCAGCUGAACUCAAAGAUCAAACAAGUCCUCAAGAAGACAUAUAAAAGCAAAAACGUACUUGUAGAUUUUAGACAUUAAUAUAGACAUUGCUGACCUGUAUGGUUAGACUUUAAAAUCCUG